GUUUGAAACAAAAUAAUUAUCUCUUGUGGCAUACCCAAAUGCUUGGCUUAGUUGAGAGUCAAGACAUGUAUGGCUUUCUUAAUGGAGAAACUCCUAUGCCAAAGCCUUGUGUCACUAGUGCUGAUGAUGGUGUGACCAAAGAUCAGCCAAAUCCUGACUUUGUAGCAUGGAAACGGUCUGACCGUCUCCUUCGAGGAUGGAUAAAUGGGACUUUGAGUGAGGAGGUCCUUGGACUUGCAGUCGGUCUUGAAACGUCUGCAGAAAUAUGGAAUGCAUUAGAGGAAGCAUUUGCACACUCUUCACAAGAGCAAGAGUUUCAAUUGAAUCAAUCAAUGACGACAAUGCGCAAAGGUAAUGAUUCAAUCCACGAAUAUAUUCGUAAGUUUAAAACUACUUGUGAUGAACUUGCAGCUAUUGGGAAACCUAUGCCGGAUAAGAACAAAGUCUUCUGGCUACUUCAAGGCUUAGGCAAGGAAUAUGAAAAUUUUGUGACAACAAUGCUCAAACCUCCAGUACCUUCAUAUCAUGAACUUGUGCCACUUCUUAAGAGUCAUGAGGCCCGGACUCAACUUCAUGAUUCUAGUGCUCAAGAAGUCCCUCAAAUGGCUUUCUACAGCAAGCAAACUAAUGGGGGUGCCACAUCGAACUUCAGAAAGGAAGCCAACAAAUCAUUUCCUAGCACAAGAAAUUGGCACAGUGAACCACCAAGUCCAAAUAAGAACAAUUCAAGUUCAAGGGUGGUGGGUGAAAUCAAGAACAAAGUUGCUUGCCAAAUUUGUGGGAAAAGGAAUCAUACUGCCUUGAAAUGCUUCAACAGAUUCAAUCAUGCGUAUCAAGGUGAUCACCCUCCUACUGCUUUGGCUGCUCUAACCAUUACUGCAAAUGAUGAUGAUGAUUCAGAAUGGCAUCUUGACAGUGGAGCUUCUGGUCACAUGACUGCAAAUCCAGAGACCAUGGAAUCAACAAUAAGCCAGCCGACCGAGUUGACUCAAUCUCAUAAUGUGAAAUCAUGCACUGGACAAUUGAAUCCAUCUCAAGAUGGCCAUCAUGAUGAUGAUUUACCUUCCAUACACGUGGAAAUGGAGACAAAUCAAAAUGGUGCUCAAAAUUCAAGCCUCCCUCCAAAUAAUUCUGAUGAUCAAUUCACGAGUUCCAACAGACCAGAAGUUGAAUUGUCUCGCACUCAUAACAUGGUUACUCGAGCUCAACGAGGAAUCACCAAGCCGAACCCUCGAUAUGCCUACCUUCACAAAGAAAUUCCAACAUAACAAAAAACCGUGAUAUCGGCAUUGAAGAACGAUGGGUGGAAAGCUGCCAUGCAUGAAGAACUACAUGCUUUAAAAUAAAUGAUACAUGGGAUC